UACGAUAUAUACAACAUCCGGAUAUCAGUUCGUUUCGUCGACAUUCCAUGUCUAUUUUUUGAGCUUUCUUUAAAUUACGUUUCCCGCUGAAUGGCUUUUUUGGUGUGGUUUGCGUUAAUUGACUUUUAGCACUGAUUUAUUUAUCAUAACAGAUACUCGUAUAAAGGAGUUUUACGUGAGAUACAUCAUGAAUAUUGAUCAUGUUUUGAAAACGAAUGUCAGCCGUUAUAAAUAAUAGAUCAUAACUCUGUUUGUAUAAUAUAUCUCUGGUGAAUAACGGUGAAAUAUUUCUUCUGAAUUAAUAGCAACAUUUGUUUUCCUCAUUGCCAAGAAUAUUUACAAAAGUAUUUUGCAUUGUGUUUGAAUGUGAGAAAAUCUGGAAAGGUGUUUGUAUCAUUUUCAGAUAUUCAAGAUCAGAUUUGCUGUAGAAGAUAUAUAUAAAGAAGAAGGGGAAAAUAUAUUUUCUGUCUGUAUGCUACAGAACAAUAAUGAAUAGUCUGGAGAUGUUAAAAGAAAGAGAAAAGUUAUCAGACCAAUGUGAUAUCUGUAAAAAGACUUUUUCUAAUAGAGCGAUUCUCACUCUUCACAAAUGUAUUCAUCCAGGUGGAAAGAAAUAUUACUGUGAUAUUUGUGGUAAUUCAUUCUCUCAAAAAAGUCACCUUACUCAUCACAAAUACACUCAUACUGGAGAGAAACCAUAUCAGUGUGAUAUCUGUGGUAAAUUAUUCUCUCAAAGCAGUAGCCUUUAUUGUCACAAAUCCAUUCAUACUGGAGAGAAACCACAUCAGUGUGAUAUUUGUGGAAAAUCAUUCUCUCAAAAAAGUCACCUUACUUCUCACAAUUCCGUUCAUACAGGUGAGAAACCAUAUCAGUGUGAUAUCUGUGGUAAAUCAUUUUCAUCAAAAAGUCACCUUACUAGACACAAAUACAUUCAUACAGGAGAGAAACGAUAUCACUGUGAUAUCUGUGAUAAAUCUUUUUCAUCAAAAAGUCAUUUAACUACUCACAAACUCCCUCAUGCUCAUGAGAGGCCAUAUCCCUGUGAUAUUUGUGGUAAAUCAUUCACUCGAAGGAACGGCCUUACUUAUCACAAAUACACUCAUACAGGAGAGAAACCAUAUAAAUGUGAUAUUUGUGGUAAAUCAUUCUCUCAAAAAGGUCACCUUACUUAUCACAAAUCAGUUCAUACAGGUGAGAAACAAUAUCAGUGUGAUAUCUGUGAUAAAUCUUUUUCAUUAAAAAGUCAUUUAACUACUCACAAACGUGGACAUACACGUGAGAAGCCACAUCACUGCGAUAUUUGUGGUAAAUCAUUCUCUCAAAAAUGUAACCUUACUACUCACAAAUCAGUUCAUACAGGUGAGAAACCAUAUCAGUGUGAUAUCUGUGAUGAAUCCUUUUCAUCAAAAAGUCAUUUAACUACUCACGAACUCAUUCAUGCUCAUGAGAGGCCAUAUCCCUGUGAUAUUUGUGGUAAAUCGUUCAUUCGAAGGAGAGGCCUUACUUAUCACAAAUACACUCAUACAGGAGAGAAACCAUAUAAAUGUGAUAUUUGUGGUAAAUCAUUCUCUCAAAAAGGUCACCUUACAUAUCACAAAUCAGUUCAUACAGGUGAGAAACCAUAUCGGUGCUAUAUCUGUGGUAAAUCAUUCUCUCAAAAAAGUAACCUUACUUCUCACAAAUACAUCCAUACUGGGGAGGAACCAUAUUCUUGUGAUAUUUGUGGUAAAUCAUUCCCUCACAAGGGUAGCCUUACUUAUCACAAAUCCAUUCAUACUGGAGAGAAACCAUAUCACUGCAAUAUCUGUGGUAAAUCCUUCGUAAUUAGAAGUCAUUUAACUCCUCAUGAACUUACGCAUACUAAUGAGAGGGCAUAUCAGUGUGACAUCUGUGCUCUCUUUGUCCACUCUGACUUUAGUUUUCACUACAAUAUAUUCUUCUCACACCUUCCUCGUUGA